CCCGCCCCCUGCCCAGUCUUCUUGUUCUCUCCGGCCAGGUGCGCUGUGCAAGCUUGUAGCUUCGGGACAUGAAGGGUAUAGUGAAGGUCGCCUCGUUGGCAGCGGGCGCCACAGGUCUUUUCACUAGAGUCCAAGCUCCAUUUGCAACCGGGCGAAGUUUUUCCACAUCACAGUCGCUGCAUCACGCACCGGGUCCUGUGUGGAACCUGGGUCGGCUCAAUCACGUGGCCAUAGCAGUACCAGAUUUAGAAAAGGCCUCCUCGUUUUACAGGGACGUUCUAGGGGCCCAGGUAAGUGAGGCGGUCCCUCUUCCAGAACACGGAGUGUCUGUUGUUUUUGUCAACCUGGGAAACACCAAGAUGGAACUGCUUCAUCCACUGGGGAGUGACAGUCCAAUCACAGGCUUUCUGCAGAAGAACAAGGCUGGAGGAAUGCAUCACGUCUGCAUCGAGGUGGACAAUAUAAAUGCAGCUGUGAUGGAUUUGAAGAAAAAGAAGAUCCGUAGUCUGAGUGAUGAGGCCAAGAUAGGCGCACAUGGGAAACCCGUGAUUUUCCUCCAUCCCAAAGACUGUGGUGGGGUCCUUGUGGAACUGGAGCAAGCGUGAUUUAAAAUCGUGAGAAACUUACUUAAUUGGCCUGAACAACCCUUACCCACACUAUCAGAUGUAUUAUGCUGCUGCUUCUGCUACUUCA